AUGUCGUUGUCCGCCGAUGCGCCGCGCGAGGCGGCGCCGUGGGUGGUGGGAGUGACGGCGCGCGCGCCGAGCAACAUCGCGGUGAUUAAGUACUGGGGGAAGCGCGACGAGGCGCGCGUGCUGCCGCUUAACGGCAGCGUGAGCGUGACGCUCCACGUGGACCAGCUAGCCGCCGAAACCACCGUCGCCGUCAGCCCGUCGUUCACUGCGGACCGGCUGUGGCUCAACGGCAAGGAGGUGGCGAUGAGCAGCCACCGCUACGGCAACUGCCUGGCUGCCCUGCGCGCACGCGCUUCCACCACACACUGGCGCCUGCCCGCGCCACACACCACUGCUUCAUCCGCACAGCAGGGCGAGCAGGGAGAGGGAGAGCAGCGGGAGGUGGAGAUAGCAGCGGGGCAGUGGCAGCAGCUGCGGGUGCAUGUAGUGUCGGCUAACAACUUCCCCACUGCUGCUGGCCUCGCCUCCUCCGCUGCUGGCUUUGCAUGCCUUGUGUUCGCACUGGCAGAGCUCAUGGGAGUGAAGGAGGCAUACCCGGGGGAGCUCUCAGCCAUAGCCAGGAUGGGAUCAGGCAGCGCGUGCAGGAGUCUGUAUGGCGGAUUCGUCACGUGGGACAAGGGCGAGCUAGAGGACGGCAGUGACAGCAUGGCGCGGCAAGUGAAGGCAGAGGACCACUGGAGUGAUCUGGUCGUCAUCAUUGCUGUGGUUGAGGAGAGGGAGAAGGACAUUGGGAGCAGCGAGGGCAUGAAACGGUCCGCCCAGACCUCCAAGCUGCUGCACCUGCGCGCUGAGCAUGUGGUACCGGAGCGAAUCACAGCAAUGGAGGCAGCCAUUGCAGCGCGCGACUUCCCAGCGUUCGCCCGGCUGACCUGCGCCGACAGCAACCAGUUCCAUGCCACGUGCCUCGACACGGCGCCGCCCAUCUUCUACCUCAACGCCACGUCGCGCCGCGUGAUUGGCUUCGUGGAGGAAUUCAACGCUCAGGGGGAGCAGCCCAGGGCAGCGUACACGUUUGACGCAGGUCCCAAUGCAGUCAUGUUUGUGGAGCGCCACAACGCCACGCAGUUCCUCUCCGCCUUCCUGCAACGCUUCCCCCCACCCGCCACCACCCCCCUCUCCAGCUUCCUCACUGGUGAUACCUCCCUCGUCUCUAUGGAGGCUCUUUCCCAAGCACAACCAACUCCGCAAUCAUUGUCACCAUCAGAAGCAGGCACAGCAUCAGGCGGCUCCUUCUCCCCACCACCUCUCAAGUACAUUCUGCUCACCCGCCCAGGCCCCGGGCCCCACAUUGUGUCGCGCUCACUAGAGGGUUCUCGGGUCAACCCCACCACUGGCUUUCCACAAGAAUAG